CAUCAGCACCUCAAUACCGGAAGACUCCAACUUUUCUGGCAGUUGGGUGAGUGAAGGUGGUGCAAACAGUUGUCCCGUGUGGUGUGUAUUCUUCUACUACUACGUUUGCGUGAGACGGUUGUGCACUCUCUUUGUUGAUUACAGUGACGUUUUGAACCGUACACAUGUCGCAGAGGAGCAAGUGACGGACGGAGUGGGGGGGUAGAGACGGGUUCGAACCAUUCACGGAGUAGGGGUGCCGCGGAGAUCAGCGUGGACGAUGUGGGAACAAGAAGAGUUCGAAAAGCACUGGCGGAAUGAAUUUCCCGACGGAGAAGUUCCUCGUAUGGAUUUAAUUUCGCUGGAGGACGUCGAGAAGGAGCUGGAGAAUUGCAAAGCCAACCUCAAAAAGCUCCAGAGUGCACUUUCAGAGGAAAAAUUCAAGGUGAUCUACCUACAGACCACCAUAGCGCGGCAGAAGAGAAGUUACGACAAGGGAAGGUUUGAUCGUAAAGAUGAAAACUUUAAUGCUGACACUGGGUUUAAGAGCAAGAUGGGGAAGGCUACUCCGGAGGGUUUAAAGCCCGUGAGUGGGAAACUUCAGUCGCAACAAGGGGAUAAAGGCGUUGGAGACCCACAGGGGAAUUUUAUCAGCCCGAUCAGCUCCGUGAGCAAGGUGAACCGCAAGGCGGGUAAACCUAUCCCGGUGCCGCCGAGGACGUCCAGCAUGCCGAAAGGGAACCCGAUCCUCACCGUUGUCUCUCAGGUGGAUGGAAACGGCGUUGACAUAUGUAAGCCCGCCACCAUUGACCACCGGCAGGAAAGUGACCACGAGUAUGAAGAUUUGGAAUUGAAUGAGAAAUUUGUCAAGUGUAACCUAUUGGGACCGAAGGCUGCGGUGAAGGACAGCCUCCGGGACGCCUUGUGUCCAUUCCGCCAGAGUAGGGACGGCGACUCCAGCGACGACGGGAGGCUGUCGCCGUCAUUGAUGCAGGUUCCCCGCAGACCGUCCCGCGGCUCUGGAAGCAGCACCCCGGACAGACGCAGUGACGGCUAUCUGAGCUCCGAGCACGAUGACUCCUCCUCUGCAGACUUCAACUACACCACGGACGGCUAUGAGGGCGACGGGCCCGAGGACGUCAAGUCCCAGGACGGCUCGGAGACCAUGCCCUUCAUCGACGAGUCCCCCACCAUGUCCCCCCAGCUCUGCACCCCCCACGGAGACGCGGCAUCCCCCUCCCCCCCGGAGGGGCUGCUGCUAGGGGGGGACACUGAGAAGGGCCUUGAGAUGAAGAAGCUGGUGCUCUCUGGCUUCCUGGCCAGCGAGGAAAUCUACAUCAACCAGCUGGAGGCCCUCCUACUGCCCAUGCGUCCCCUGAAGGCAGCAGCCACCAGCUCCCAGCCGGUGCUCACCAUCCAGCAGGUGGAAACCAUCUUCUACAAGAUCCAGGACAUCUUUGUGAUCCACAAGGAGUUCUACGACGCCUUGUACCCCCACAUCCAGCAGUGGGACGAGAAGGUCACCGUGGGACACCUCUUCCAGAAGCUGGCCAGCCAGCUGGGGGUGUACAAGGCCUUCGUGGACAACUACAAAGUGGCCCUGGAGACGGCGGAGAAGUGCAGCCAGGCCAACAGCCAGUUCCAGAAGAUAUCCGAGAACCUUAAAGUAAAGGGUCCUAAAGAUUCCAAGGACUGUACCACCACCAACACAAUGGAGGCCCUGCUGUACAAACCCAUCGACCGCGUCACCAGAAGCACCCUGGUCCUCCACGACCUGCUGAAACACACACCCAAGGACCACCCGGACUUCCCCCUCCUUCAGGACGCUCUGCGCAUCUCCCAGAACUUCCUGUCCUCCAUCAACGAGGAGAUCGACCCCCGCCGCACGGCCGUCACCACCCCCAAGGGAGAGGCUCGUCAGCUGGUGAAAGACGGCUUCCUGGUGGAGCUGUCGGACUGCUCCAGGAAGCUUCGCCAUGUCUUCCUCUUCACCGACCUGCUGCUCUGCGCUAAGAUGAAGAAGACUUCCGUCGGACGCCAGCAGCAGUACGAGUGCAAGUGGUACAUCCCGCUGGCCGACCUGGCCUUCCAGACGCUGGACGACUCGGAGCCCUCGCCCCACGUCCAGGUGCUGCCCGAGCACGAGAUCGAGGAGAUCAAGAUCAAGAUCUCCGUCCUCAAGAGCGAGAUCCAGAAGGAGAAGAAAGCGCCAAAGGGACAGAGCCGCGUGGAUCGCCUGAGGAAGAAGAUGAACGAGCAGGAGUCCUGGCUGCUGCUCCACUCACCCACCAUCCCCUUCCGCAUCCACAACAAACACGGCAAGAGCUUCCUGUUCCUGAUCUCCUCGGACUACGAGAGGGCCGAGUGGCGGGAGAGCAUUCAGAGACUCCAGAAGAACGAUAUCCAGUCGUGUGUGCUGAGUUCCGUGGAGCUGCAGGUCCUCACCAGCUCCUGCUUCAAGCUGCGCACCGUGCACAACAUCCCCGUCACCAGCUACAAAGACGAUGAGGAGACCCCCGGCCUCAAUGGUUUCCUCCACGUGAUCGUCCGUUCUGCACAGGGCUUUCAGGAGUCUGCAAAUCUCUACUGCACGCUUGAGGUAGACUCCUACGGCUACUUUGUGAGCAAGGCCAAGACCCGGGUGUUCAGAGAUACCACGGAGCCAACGUGGAACGAGGAGUUUGAAAUCGAGCUUGAGGGCUCCCAGUGCCUCAGGAUCCUGUGCUACGAGACGUGCUACGACAAGAGCAAGAUCAACAAGGACGACAACGAGAUCGUGGACAAGAUCAUGGGCAAGGGCCAGGUUCAGCUGGACCCCACGACAGUGCAGUCAAAGAACUGGCACAUGGACGUCAUAGAGAUGAAUGGGAUCAAAGUGGAGUUCUCCAUGAAGUUCACGAGUCGGGACCUGAGCUUAAAGAGGACACCGUCCAAGAAACAGAGCGGAGUCUUUGGAGUCAAAAUCAAUGUGGUGACAAAACGGGAACGCUCCAAGGUGCCUUACAUCGUCCGCCAGUGCAUUGAGGAGGUGGAGAAGAGGGGCAUCGACGAGGUGGGGAUCUACCGGAUCUCUGGGGUGGCCACGGACAUCCAGACCCUCAAAGCAGCGUUUGAUACCAAUACCAAAGACAUCCUGGUGAUGCUCAGCGACAUGGACAUCAACGCCAUCGCCGGCACGCUCAAGCUGUACUUCCGGGAGCUGCCCGAGCCGCUGCUCACUGACCGCCUCUACCCCGCCUUCAUGGAGGGCAUCGCUCUCUCCGACCCUGCAGCCAAGGAGAACUGCAUGAUGCACCUGCUGCGAUCUCUGCCGGACCCCAACCUCAUCACCUUCCUCAUCCUGCUGGAACACCUGAAGAGGGUGGCAGAGAAGGAGCCCAUCAACAAGAUGUCCCUGCACAACCUGGCCACCGUGUUCGGCCCCACCCUGCUCCGGCCCUCCGAGUCCGAGAUCGCCAAGACCCUGAGCAUCACCACCGCCUCCGACAUCUGGUCCCACGACGUCAUGGCACAGGUCCAGGUGCUGCUGUACUAUCUGCAGCACCCCCCAAUCUCCUUCGCGGAACUCAAGCGCAACACGCUCUACUUCUCCACCGACGUCUAACCCUUACCAGGGGCAAGGGGGUUUGAGGGACGACCUCCUGGUGCCUCCUCUUUCUAGAAGCCUCUCAAUUGUACAGACCCCCCGACACACACACACACACCUACCCCCUCAUGACAAGAGUCAAACAAACUUUCCCCGGUCUUUCUAGUAAUUUCUGAUGACCCAUCCAUCCAUCUGCCUACACACACACAAACAAACGCAGGCACACAUACUCGUCUCUGUACUGUACAUAAAUCUGAUGGAACUCGAGCGCGGCCGCGUUCCUGGUUCCAUUCCCCCCCCCCCCCCCCCCCCACCUCUUACUGUUUCCGCAUAUGACCCUGAUUGGAGCCAACGACUACAGAGUUCCUGCCUACAGCCGACACGGGAACACCAGUAGGAGAGCCUGCCACAGCCCGGGGGGGCCACACAUGUGUUUGACCUAUCGUGUGGCGGGGUCCUGAUGAUCCAAACGGGUCACUUCCAGCCCACCUUGUUCCCAUUAUGAGGCAUUUACUAAACAAAUGGCAUUUGCAUAUUUUACAAAAGAAGAAUAAUAGUUUUGUUUAAAGGACCAUUUGUUUUGUUUUUUAUAUCAUUUUUCUGUCUUUGUGCGCUCUCUGCUGUUGUGCAUGUAAUGGAGGAGUGUGUGUGCGUGUGUGUUUGUGAGGAUGGAGCACAUUGGUGUGUGUGUGUGUGUGUGUGUGUGUGUGUGUGUGUGUGUGUGUGUGUGUGUGUGUGUGUGUGUGUGUGUGUGUGUGUGUGUGUGUGUGUGUGUGGACUCUGCAAAUCAGGAUUUGCCAGGAAGCCAUCUUAAUACAGGACUGGCGACACGAUCUUUGUAGUGACAAACAAGGGUUUGUCAGUGUACAAAACAUGGCCCCCUCUUUCGGUUGUUGGCCAAGUUUGCCCUAUUUAUUUAAAAAAUAUAUAUAAAUAUUAUGUGUGCCUGUACAGUUCUGUGCGACUAGAGUCAAACUCUAAGGAGUCUGUUUUUUGAAGUUUAUUCAGGUAGUGAUGUUUUUUAGACUAAUUUUCUCAAUCACCAUGUCCAUGGUUCGUAAGCUGUACUGAAAGGAUCACAAACCGUUUGAAGUCUGCCAAUUGAUUUGAAAUCACAGUUUUAAAGAAGAGCACUAGAGGAGACUUGAGGGUGAUGUCAUGUGGCGAGGGGGUUAGGGAACGAAGCGUAAUGGAACAUUAGCAUUUUUGUUCUUCUUGUCGUUGCAUCGCUAGCCUGUUCGAGAUGUUUUACUGCACCGGUAUAAUCGAUGAGAUGAUUUGUGUAGUCCUCAUUGCAUGUUCAGCUUGUCUAUCAGAAACAGGCGGGUUAACGCAAAGGUAGUUUGACUCCACUCGCUCUUCAGCAGACAAGCAGAGAUCCAUCACUGCGCCGUGUAAAUCCAACCUUUCUGCUGUCAAGCCUGUGACAUAUCUUAAAGUAAGCACUGCUAGAUGAGUACUAUUUGAUAUUUUUAAUAUAAGAAUAAAAUAAAUUCAUACAUUGUAUUUUACUUUCUUUGAGAAGAAAUUCAGUAUACUGUAUUGAGGCUAAAUGUCAAUGUGAACUUUCCUUUUUUUAAGUAAAAUAAAAUGUACCAAAACACUGUCA